UACGCCUUGCUAGAUGAUUGGCGAGGUAAGAUGGCGGCGCCAGAGGAGCCAGAAUUAUCUCAGGCGCAGACAGAAAAACUCCUUCAAUUUCAGGACCUAACUGGUUUGGAAUCAAUGGACCAAUGUCGUCGAACAUUAGAACAGCAUAAUUGGAACAUAGAGGCUGCAGUACAGGACAGACUUAAUGAGCAGGAAGGAGUGCCCAGCGUGUUUAACCCUCCACCAUCCAGACCAUUACAGGUUAAUACAGCAGACCAUAGAGUAUAUAGUUACAUCGUCUCAAGGCCACAACCCAGGGGAUUAAUAGGAUGGAGUUACUACUUGAUAAUGCUACCUUUCAGAUUUACAUAUUACACACUUCUGGACAUAUUCAGGUUCGCCCUGCGUUUCGUCAGGCCAGAUCCUCGUGGCCGUGUGACAGACCCAGUCGGAGAUGUUGUGUCCUUCAUUCAUAGUUUUGAGGAGAAGUACGGUCAGUCACACCCUGUAUUUUACCAGGGAACAUACAGCCAGGCAUUGAAUGAUGCCAAACGGGAGCUCCGCUACUUAUUAGUGUACCUUCAUGGCGAGGAUCAUCAAGACACCGACGAGUUUUGCCGCUCCACGUUAUGUACAGAAGAGGUCGUAACCUUCCUCAACACACAAAUGCUCUUCUGGGCGUGCUCAACCAGCAAGCCUGAGGGCUACAGAGUGUCCCAGGCAUUGCGAGAGAACACCUAUCCAUUCCUGGCCAUGAUCAUGCUGAAGGACCGCAAGAUGACCGUGGUGGGCAGGCUCGAGGGCGUCAUUCAGCCGGAGGACUUCAUCAAUCAGCUCACCUUCAUCAUGGAUGCCAACCAAACUCACCUGAUGUCGGAGCGCAUGGAACGGGAGGAGAGGAGCCAGACCCAGGUGCUCAGGCAGCAGCAGGACGAGGCCUAUCUCGCCUCCCUCCUUGCAGACCAGGAGAAGGACCGAAAGAAGAGGGAGGAGGAGGAGCAGGUCAGGCAAGAGGAGGAGAAGGUCCGACAGAGUGCUCUUGAUGAGGAGCAAAGACGACAAGUGAGUUUUACCUUGACUAACAACGAGGGCCAGUGUGUAGCAUUUAGGGGGAUCUAUUAGUAGAAAUGGAGUAUAAUAUUGGUACGUAUGCUUUCUUCAGUGGAAAUAAGAAUCGUGUUGUCGUUACCUUAGAAUGAGCGGCUUACAUUUACAUACGGAGCGGGUCGUCUUCACGGAGUCCAUCAUGCUCCACCGCAAUGUGCCUACAGUAGCCAGACCAGACGAACCCAACACUGGCUCUACAUAAGGCCAUCGUAGUUCUCUUGCACGCUUGGCACAUGAGAAGUUUCAGUUGGUUGAAAUUGGGACUAAACCAUUUGACUACAUUUUAGAGAUACACCAAUUUCAAUUUUAGGGUUCCGAUUUCUGAUUGAUUUAUGUUAAAGCCGGACCUGCCGAAUCAGAUUUUCUUUCUAGGAGCUAUAUUUGAGAGCAAGGCUCCAGAAUAAAUUAUUUUUACCACCGCCCCAGAAAAAAUAUUCAAAAAAUUAUAAAUAUUAUCCCUUUACUCUGUUAUUGUGAUCAUUAGUGGCUAUUUGAAUGAAACGAACAAUUCAAAUGAUUAGGAAAUAAAUUAUUGUAUUUUUAUUGAAAUA